AUGAAAUCUGCGAUCCUCGCCGUGCUCGUCGUGCUUGUCUUACAGGUGGAAUGGACUUUGCCUUGCACCUUCCAACGUGAGGAUGUACUGCACGGUGAACGUUCGGGUCUGUCAGUGAUUACCGAAACGGAAUGCUUUGCUAAGUGCCUCAAUCAACAGAAGUGCACAGGCAUUUGCUAUUGGCAGACUCAACGGCAGUGUAUUCUCUUCGAUGAUGGUGACAAGGAACAACGUUCCUUUUUCGGCCAAUGCUACUCUCUUCACCGCGACUCGAUGAAACCGCCUCAGUACACAAGAAAACUGAGUUUCAUCAAAAAGGGUUCGAGAUGGAGGCUUGCGUAA